AACGAGCAAAAAAGCGCAGUCUUCUUCAAGCAGUUCUACCUACCCGCCUUGUCUGCAGAGGACAUCGACCAGGUUGCACCACCAGACAUGGUCUAUCCUCCACCCGCCUACCAUUUUCGCCCGCCCACCAACUACCAGAUCGAGCGCAUCAUCCGCGCCCUCCCUCCCGACAAGGCGCCAGGGCCCAAUGGCAUCACUAACCGCGUGUACAAGGUGGCGGCCCCUUUCUUGGUGCCGCACCUUGGUCCCCUCUUCCGCGCAUCUUUCUCGCUCGAGUACUACCCCGACCAGUGGAAGAUGUUCAAGACAGUUGUGCUACGCAAGCCGGGCAAGCCUGACUACUGUCUCCCCAAAGCGCACCGCCCAAUCGCCCUCAUGGACAGCCUCAGCAAAAUUCUGUCAGCCUGCGUCGCCGAAGAGCUGUCAUACCAGGCCGAACGCCUGAACAUGCUGCCACCCACACAGUUCGGCGGC